AUGGAGUUAAAACCUCAGGACCUAAGGAAUGGCAGCAUGGUGACAGACUUUCUCCUUGUGGGCUUUGAGCAGAGCUCCCCUUCCACUCGGGCAUUGCUCUUUGCCCUCUUCCUAGCCCUCUACAGCCUUGCCAUGGCCAUGAAUGGCCGCAUCAUCUUCAUCACCUGGACAGACCCCAGGCUCAACAGCCCUAUGUACUUCUUCCUUGGCCACCUGUCCUUCCUGGAUAUCUGCUUCAUCACCACCACCAUCCCACAGAUGCUGAUCCACCUGAUGGUGAAGAACCAUAUUGUCUCCUUUGUCUCUUGCAUGACCCAGAUGUACUUGGUCUUCUGUGUGGGUGUGGCUCAGUGCAUCCUCUUGGCUUUCAUGGCCUAUGACUGUUAUGUUGCUAUCUGCCACCCACUUAGCUAUGCCCAGAUCAUGAGCCAGCAGGUCUGUGUGAGGCUGGUGAGUACUGCCUGGUUCUUCGGGCUGAUCAAUGGCAUCUUUCUUGAGUAUAUGUCAUUCCAGAAUCCCUUCUGCAGAGACAACCACAUGGAAAACUUCUGCAAGGCCCCCAUAGUGAUCACCCUCUCUUGUGGAGACCCCCAGUUUAGUCUGAGAGUCAUCUUUGCCGAUGCCAUCGUGGUGCUGCUCAGCCCCAUGGUGCUCAUUGUCAUCUCUUAUGCCCGCAUCCUGGCCUCCAUCCUGGGCAGAGCCUCCUCCUCUGGUCUGGGGAAGACCUUCUCUACUUGUGCCUCCCAUCUGACUGUGGUCAUUUUUCUCUACACCUCAGCCAUGUUCUCUUACAUGAACCCCCGCAGCACACACGGUCCUGACAAAGACAAGCCUUUCUCUCUCCUCUACACCCUCAUCGCCCCCAUGUGCAACCCCAUCAUCUACAGUUUUCAAAAUAAAGAAAUGAAAGGGGCCAUGGUGAGGGCCCUUGGGAGGAGCAGCCUUUCCCAGGCAGAGUCUGUCUAG